AGUGGCCAGGCAUGCAAAUUCCACAAAUGCCAACUUAAUUGGCCUUUUCUGAAUAUGUCAGAGGUGUUUGGGUCUCAUGUCUAAUUCAUCUGACACAACGUCGAAGUGAGCAACAGAAAGGGAACUAGAUAUUUUUGAAUAGAGUAUCAGUCACUGACAAAAAGACAUGCAAAAAGUAUGCAGCUGAAUACAGUCUUCAGACACUGUUUGAGAAAUACUGUUACUGUUGUUAGACUGUCACUGAUCACCCAUGAUGAUAAUGAUAAUAAUGAUUUAAUGAUAAUAAAUCACCCAAGAAAUGAUAAUUCUGCUAUCAUUACCAUUCCAUUUCAUUACCAUUUCAUACCAAAACUGGGCAUGUUUUUACACUUGGUUUGUUUAUUUUUAUUUUUAUACAAAGCUAUGGUAUGUUUUAGAUAACUUACAGUACAGCAUGUGAACUACUUUUAUGGUACUGUCAUGGUACAUUUUUUGUGGUGUUUCUCCUUUUUGAUGCUUCAUAGUAAAAUCACUAUCCACAUUUGUAUCGUGAAAAAGCAGCCUGAACUUUGUGCUAAAAAUCCCAUUUUGUAUUCAGUAGGAAAAAAGACAAUUAUAAGUGUUUGUAUCAACAUGUGGGUAUAUGAUGAUAUAAUUGUCAGUUUUGGGUGUUAUGUUGUCAUAGAUCCAUACUUUCUUUUUACAGUCAGUACAAAAGAGCAAAUUUCAGAGUGCAUUCACCAAAACAAUGCAAGAAAGAGAGCAGAUGAUCUGAGGAUUGUGCUGCUGGGAAGAACUGGAGUUGGGAAGAGUUCAACUGGAAACACCAUCUUAGGAAGAGGGGCAUUUAUAUCGGACACAGCUCAUGAAUCAGUUACUAAAGAGAGUCAAGGAGAAACAUGUGAAAUUAACGGCCGUCACGUUACUGUGAUCGACACUCCAGGACUGUUUGAUACUGAACUUACUAAUGAGAAGGUCCAGAGAGAAAUCACCAACUGCAUCUCCAUGAUUUUGCCUGGACCACAUGUGUUCAUCAUUGUGCUCAAUUUAGGACAACGAUUCACUCAAGAAGAAGCAACAUCAGUAAAGAUCAUCCAAGAGACUUUUGGUGAAAAAUCUUUAAUGUUCACCAUGGUGCUCUUCACCAGAGGAGAUGACCUGAAUGACAAAACUAUUAAACAGUAUCUGGGAAAACCUGGAUGUCCUUUGAUGAAUCUGAUUGAAGCGUGUGGAAACAGAUACCAUGUGUUCAAUAAUAAGCAGACUGGAGACCGAACACAGGUGUCUGAUCUACUGAAGAAGAUAGAUGACAUGGUGAAAGAAAAUGGAGAUAGUUACUACUCAUGUAAGAUGUUCAGAGAGAUGGAAAGAGAAAUACAAGAAAAAGAAAAGAAGAUUCUGACAGAGACAGUGAAAAAACUGAAGAAAGAAAAAGAGAAACUGGUGAAAAAACAUGAAGAAGAGAAAAAGAGUAUGAUGGAAGAAGAAAGACAAAAUCAUGAUAAAGAGAGAAAGAGAAGAGAAGAAGAAUUUAGAGAGAGAGAAGAACGAUAUAAAAAAGACAUUAAAGAAAGAGAGGAACAAGAAAGAAAGAUACUAGAUGAGAUGAAGAGAGAACGAGAGGAAUGGGAGAAACAGAAACAAGAAGAAAAUCAAAGAAAAGAAGAAGAGGAUAAGAAUAGGAGAAAGAAAGAACAGGCAAUGUCAGAUGAAUAUUAUCAGAGACUUAAACAAGAGGAAGAGAAAAUGAAGAUGAUACUGGAGAAAGAAAGACAAAAUCAUGAUAAAGAGAGAAAGAGAAGAGAAGAAGAAUUUAGAGAGAGAGAAGAACGAUAUAAAAAAGACAUUAAAGAAAGAGAGGAACAAGAAAGAAAGAUACUAGAUGAGAUGAAGAGAGAACGAGAGGAAUGGGAGAGACAGAAACAAGAGGAAAGACAAAGAAGUGAUGAAGAGGAUGAGAGAAGGAGAAAGAAAGAACAGGCAAUGAGAGAAGAAUAUGAUCAGAGACUUAAACAAGAUGAAGAAAGAAUGAAGAUGAUGAUGGAGAAAGAAAGACAGAAUCAUGACAAAGAGAAAAAGAGAAGAGAAGAAGAAUUCAGAAAGAGGGAAGAAUGA